AUGAGUUGGAAUUUUUCUUUUUUAAAUCCCAAAAAACAACCCUGCAAAAGGGUAUUGGUAUUGAUAACGAUUAGCAUUUUUAUAUUUAUUAUACCCCUAUUUUUAUACGAGGAUAAAUUAAAAUACCCAGUCUCGAUCACUGAAUAUUACGGAGAAUAUUUUUAUAAGCCGCCACCACGAGACAUUAUAGCCUGGCAAGCCAGUGGUAGGUUGGGUAAUGUCAUGUUUCAAUGGGCCGUUGUAUCCGUACUGGCAUUAAGAACAAAUAGAACUCCUGUCCUAUUACAAGAAAGAGGAAAUACGGGGGCAGUGAUCAAACUAUCUCAGUUUUUCGAAAUGAGAGUAGAGCAAAUCGAUUCCUUGGAACUUCUCUGGAGAAGGAGUAACGAAAAUAAUCAGAAUCGAAUGAGUAUCGUUACUUAUCAAAUAAAAGGUCAUUUCGACCCAACUCUAGAAAGAAGAAUCAGGAAGCAAGAUGUUAGGAUAUUCUUUGGGUACCCUAACUCCUACAGAUACUUUAUCGAUGAUCUUGCUCUAGCCUAUAUCAAAAAUAUAUUUCGUUUUCGGGGUCACAUUAAGACCAAGGCUUUAGAAGAACUCGAUAUUAUAAUUAAUGGGUACCCUAAAUCCCAUAGCAAAAAGUUAAUAGUCUCCUCGAACACCUGUCAGGAGGGUAGAAUAAAGAAAUACGAAUUCGUAGGGGUGCACAUACGUAACGGAGAUAUGGCAGGCAUCAAUGGUCGAUACGAAGUAAGGUUUAAUGUGAAGCCCUAUAUAAAUCGAGCUAUUCAAUGGUUUACCGCAUACUUUUCUGGGCUCAACAAAAAAUCGAAUGAAAUACCUUGCCUAGAACCAUUGUUCGUGAUAUGCGGUGAUGACUUAAAUUGGACUAGAAAUUAUUUUUACCGCCAUGUAGGACAUGUUGUGCUAUGUCGCCAGAAUCACUAUAUAAUAGAUAUGGCCUUGCUUAGCUACUUUAAUUAUUCUAUCAUAACCCAGGGUACCUAUGGAUGGUGGGCAAAUUUUUUAAAUCUUCAAGAGUCACACAUAGUGCUUUACCCGUCAGAGAUGAGCGGAUCUUACGGAAAUUUUAUGGAUUAUUUGCCCCAGUGGAUUGGAAUCUAA